AUGGAAGGCACUCGUGUGUUUGUGUCUGGGCUUCCACCCUCACUGACAAGUGAUAAGCUGCGGAAUCACUUUGCCCAGCGGUUCGAGGUUACAGAUGCUCAUGUCAUCCCCAAUCGACGAAUUGGUUUCGUGGGAUUCAAGGGGCCGGAUCUUGCUGAAAAUGCCGUCAAAUACUUCAAUAAGUCGUUUAUCAACAUGUCGAAGAUAUCGGUGGAAAUGGCCAGAGCUGUCGAUGCCGAUAACUCGGAAGAUCUACGUGCUAGGUAUAGAAAACACCUGAAUGCUAAGAAGGAAACCCCUUCUCUCAAGCGGAAACGUGACACCCAGGAUCCUGAGGAAGAUGAAAAGCUGCAAGAAUACCUGACUGCUAUGCAGCCUCCAACGAAGUCUCGGACGUGGGCUGAUAGCGGCGCAAUUCCAACUGUACAUCAAGAGCAGGACCCUGCGAUUGAUGCUACAAAGGAACCCACAGAAGAUAAAGAUGACGUUGAGAUGUAUAAUGCUGAAAAUACUGUUACUGGUAUCUCCGUAACGCAGUCGGAAACCGAACUUAAUGAAGCUGGUGAUGCAGUAAAUACAAGCGAGGACAAUCCAGAACCGCAGAAUGAUGACGACUGGCUACGGUCCAAGACAUCCCGCCUUCUGGGGCUCCUCGAUGACGAGGAUGAGAUGUCUGCUGAAACUUGGAAGGGAAAGCCGUCCGAAGAUAAAACGGCUCAGACCCCUGUUCCUGCCAAAACUUACAGCACGAAAGCUGCCAUUGAAGAGGAAGAGGCUGUACCAGAGCCUCCUCCAGACGCUAACAUUGAAUCUAUUCGGCUCACUGGACGAUUAUUUAUACGAAAUUUACCUUAUAAUGCGUCUGAGGAUGAUUUAAGUGCCACGUUUUCUCGUUUUGGUAAAAUUGAAGAGACUCAUGUUGCCACAGAUACUCGACAUUCUACUAGCAAGGGUUUUGCCUACAUUCAGUAUGUUGAAAGUGACGCUGCAAUUGAAGCAUAUAAGCAAUUAGACGGGAAAGACUUCCAAGGCCGCUUGAUGCAUAUAUUGCCUGCCUCUUCAAAGAAAACGUACAAGCUUGACGAAUUUGAAAUUUCGAAGCUCCCUUUGAAGAAGCAACAACAAAUCAAAAGGAAAGCCGAGGCAGCUUCGUCUACUUUUAGCUGGAAUUCUCUGUAUAUGAAUACUGAUGCAGUGAUGGCCUCUGUAGCAGACAGGUUGGGAGUCUCGAAAUCACAACUUCUAGACCCAACUUCCUCAGAUGCUGCUGUGAAGCAAGCUCACGCGGAAACUCAUGUUAUCCAGGAAACCAAGGCCUAUUUUAGUGCUAACGGUGUAAACAUAGAGUCCUUCAAGCAACGUGAAAGAGGAAACACUGCUCUUCUGUUAAAAAAUUUUACAUAUGGGGUUUCAUCCGAAGAUAUUAGAAAGCUUUGUGAACCCUUUGGGCAGCUAACACAGCUUCUCAUGCCACCAAGUGGUACGAUUGCUAUAGUUGAAUUUGCUAUGCCUGAUGAAGCUCUGCGAGCGUUCAAGGGCCUUGCCUAUAAGAGAUUAGGUGACUCAAUUCUCUAUGUAGAGAAAGCUCCUAAGAACCUGUUCGAGGGUGGUCCCACGGUCACAAUGCCGUCAUUAUUGACCCAAAAAGUCGUUUCCCAGGGCUUUUCUACGUCAGAUACCUUCAAGGCAGAUGAGCCAGAAGCUCCAAUGGAGAGCGCAACGUUAUUCGUUCGCAACCUUAACUUUAUCACUACUGAUGCCGGUCUGAGCGACCUGUUUAGACCUCUUGACGGGUUCAUUUCUGCACAGGUCAAGACCAGGCCCGAUCCCAAGAAACCAGGCGAACGACUCAGCAUGGGCUUCGGCUUUGUAGAAUUCAAGAGUCGAGCUCAGGCUGAAGCAGCUCUAAAGGCUCUCAAUGGGUAUAAACUCGACCAGCACGAGCUCGUCAUCAAACCCUCUCACAAGGGCAUGGAUGCAGCAGAGCAACGACGAAAAGAAGACAAUGCAAAGAAGGCCUCCGCCAAACGAACCAAGAUCAUCAUCAAGAACUUACCCUUCCAGGCAACCAAGAAGGAUAUCUGGUCCCUGUUCGCGGCCUAUGGCCAGCUUCGAUCUGUUCGUGUGCCGAAGAAAUUCGACCACACUGCUCGGGGCUUCGCCUUUGCUGACUUCGUGAGCUCAAGGGAGGCUGAGAAUGCAAUGGACGCGUUGCGAAACACCCAUCUCCUCGGCCGACGGCUGGUGCUUGAGUUCGUGUCUGAAGAGGCUACUGAUCCAGAAGACCAAAUUAAGGAGAUCGAGAAGAAGGUCGAUGCUCAAGUGAACAAGGUCAAAAUACAGAAACUUAUGGGUCCUGGACGGAAGAAAUUCCAUGUUGACGCGGACAUUGAGGACUAA